CACGCGAGCGACGCCACUCAGGACAGAUUAGGCACCAUUUGCCAUAACUAAAUAGUUACAUUGUACAUCAAGUAGGAAGAAAUAUUUUGAUUGGUGGCCGCCGCAGUCUGGGAGAGUCACGGUUCGUUUUCAUUAGAAAUUAUCCCAGGCUUUGAAUGCAGCAAAGUGUGCGCUGCGAACAUUCAGUCUCAUCAAACAGAUGUGGAUUUACUGCUCGGGAGCUGCCCAGCUGAGGUGAAGGGGAGGGCAGAAGAUCCCAGUGGAGCGUUCAUGACCUGUCCGCAGAAACGGGACCAUGAACUGAGAACGGUGCAGGGCGCAUAGAACCCCGUUUUCCUCUCCUCCUUGUCCCUCUCUUUUUGUUAUUAUUUUGUUUUUUCCAGUCUGAGCAAAAAGCCUCUCUGCUCAGGUGCUUCAGACAGUCAGGGUGCACAGAAAGGUCAAACUGAAAACAAGUAAACAUCGAAAGAGGAGGGAAACACAUCCACAGCCAUCUGUGACCUCACACACAUCCUCCCUACUCCUCCCAGCGCAACAGCAGAACCAUGGGGAGGAAAAAGAUCCAGAUUCAAAGGAUCACCGAUGAACGCAACAGACAGGUGACAUUCACCAAACGGAAGUUCGGCUUGAUGAAGAAGGCGUACGAGCUGAGCGUCCUUUGCGAUUGUGAGAUUGCUCUCAUUAUCUUCAACCACUCGAACAAGCUGUUUCAAUACGCCAGCACCGACAUGGACAAGGUCCUGCUCAAGUACACGGAGUACAACGAGCCACACGAGAGCCGGACCAAUGCCGACAUCAUCGAGACGUUGCGAAAGAAAGGCUUUAAUGGCUGCAACAGCCCCGAGCCCGACGGCGAUGACUCCAUUGACCAAAGUCCGCUAAAUGACCGCAAGACCGAGGACCUGGACAGCCUCUUCAAACGCUAUGGCGCUCUGAACAAGAAAGAGCACCGGGACUCUGAGAGCCCAGACCCCGAGGAGCCCUUCUCCCUCACCCCCCGCACUGAGGAGAAAUACAAAAAAAUUGACGAGGAGUUUGAUAAAAUGAUGCAGAACUAUAGGCUGUCAUCCACUGUCCCGCAGCCCAGCUUCCCCAUGCCAGUUACCGUGCCAGUGUCCAAUCAGAACGCGGCGGCCGCAGCAGCCCUCCAGUUCAGCAACAAUCCUGCCGGCCCCAUGGUCACCACCACCUCCUUCGUCACCUCCGCCCUCACAGAUCCCCGCCUCCUGUCGCCACAGCAACCAGUUCUGCAGAGGAACACCGUGUCGCCGGGGUUACCACAGCGACCAGCCAGCGCAGGUGCCAUGUUAGGGGGAGAUCUGGGGAACUCAAACGGAGCGUGUCCAAGUCCAAUUCCUAAUGGUUACAUCAGUGCCAGGGCCUCCCCGGGCCUCCUGUCCGUAUCCAAUGGCAACAGCCUGGGAAAAGUAGUCCCGGCAAAGUCUCCGCCUCCACCCAGCCCUCAGAUGGUCAACAGCCGGAAGCCGGACCUGAGGGUCAUCACUUCACAGAGCGGGAAGAGCCUCAUGCAGCUGAAUGCUCAGCGGCUAGGUAGCUCUCAGGUGACUCAGCCGCUCACAACUCCAGUGGUUUCUGUGGCAACACCCAGCCUCCUGGCUCCCUUUCCCGGCAUGCAGACGGCCUACAACACCGAGUACCAGCUGACGAGUGCGGAUCUCACAGCCCUUCAGACUUUCACACCACCAGGGCUGGUGCCUGGCAACAUGGCCGCCUGGCAGCAGCAACCGGUCGUCUCCCAGCAACAACAACAGCAUCAACAGCAGCAACAGCAACUGACACUGGCAUCACUCAAUAACUUGGUCUUGGCUUCUCAGUCCAACUUUCUCUUGGGCAGAGAGGAUGGCCUCUGCUGGUCAGUGGGCCCUGUACCUCAGAGCACCGCACUCACAGUCAACACAAACCCCAACGUCAACAUCAAAUCAGAACCCGUAUCCCCGAACCGUGACCGCAGCACCCCCAGCUCCACCGGCGGUGCGGGUGCUCAGAUCCAGGGACAAGGUCUGGUGGCGGUGGCCUUCCCCGGCAACCAGGGCCGUUCGCCCGUCGACAGCCUCAGCAGCAACGGCAGCUCCUACGAGGGCAGCGACAGGGACGACGGAGCCCAGGGUCGAGGCGGGGGACAGGACUUCCACCACCAGGCGGGAGGCGGAGCUCAGCAGUCCACCAUGAUCCUCCUGCGGCCAUCUUCAGCUGAGCCUCAGGAGCAGGACGGGACGAGCAUCAAGAGAGUGAGAUUGGAUAACUGGGUGACAUAAAGAAGAGAGGAGAGGAAUGGACACAUGGGAGAAGGAGAUGUGUACUUUGGCUUGUGUACAUGCCCCCACCCCCCUCCACCAGCUCUGAUACCCCCCCCCCCCUCCCCCUUUGAAAACCCACAAAGAAUAAAACAACCAUUGACCCGGUAACUUACUCCUCAUGCAGGAAAUGUAUUCAUGCACAACACAAGCAUGCAAACACACUCAUGUUGCACGUGUGGACACUGAUGCUCAGCUGUACGGCGAUGUGCGUUCAUUUUGUACUUUGAUGUACUCCAAACAUGACCCCCCCCCCCGUGGGUUCAGCCGACGAUCCAGGGAUUACUCAUCAAACAAAUGACCAUGUUGGACUUGAUCCGGCUGCAUUUCUGGUUGGAGCGAACAAGUACGUUUUCAAUCAGGCAAAAAAAAAUUGGACUUUUGAACUAUUUGACAGACAAGAGACAAAACAAACCAGGCUUGGUUACCCAGAAUGCCCUGCAAUUGGUUUGUGAACAGAUCCGACUCUUUCAUUCUCCUCUCUCUUCUCCCUCCCCAGAAGAUUUUGGUCCGCUCUGACAGGUCUUGGCUCUAAAAUUGGAGCCAUGAACGUCCGAAUCCGUCCGCCCGCCACUGUGUCUGGUUCUUCUUUUCUCUGGGCGGUUUUUGAGUCGGAUUUCGCUCUCCUGUCCUGACUGUUCAGACUUUAGAUUAAUUUCACUUUUUGAAUAUAAAGACACUAAAAAGAGAAACUUGCUUCUCUGUCCGGCCGCGCUGGCAGGCAGCUCCAUCAACAGUGAACAUGAAAGCGGACCCUCAGGUCUCUGCCGAAUCAGAACCGUGCAGACUAGCUGUAAGACGAGGAGCAUCAUUUGGUUGACUGCUUUUCUUUGAAUCAGGGAUGAGCUGCGGCAGCUCGGCGACACGUGACAGAGUCUCAUCGCUCGGCCCACACCGUGUCUGAGAAAGCUGCGUGUGUUUGGUGUGUGUGUGUGUGUGUGUCGUUUGUGUAUACGGGUUUGUUACCUCAACUGAUUGUCGUUUCUUUUUAGCAAGUAAUUGGACAAAUGUUCACUAUUGAGUUUCAUCCUUGAACACACAACUGCAAUGCACACAGCGGAAAUUAUUUUUGUGGUAGCUGAUGUUCAAAGUCAGGGGGGGCGGGGGGGGGGGUAUAUAAACAAUCUGUAACCUUUGUGGCUUUUUGUGUGGCAGGGAUUAGGUGUUAUGAAGGUAGAAAUAAAUAGGUCAUAUACAAGUAUAUAUAUUUAAACACCUUUAGAGGGUUGCAAGUGCAACUCUGCAUCUGAGGCUAUAGACUACGGCAAACGACAGGGAUUGUAUAUAUUUAUACAGAUAUAUUAUAUAUUAUAUAUUCGGCAGGAUAUCCCUUAACAUGAGAUUUAAAAAAAAAAAAAGUUGAUUCUCAGUAUAUCGGUCAAUCUUUUAAAAAAAAACAUUUUAUUUAUGCGUGUUCUAGGUGUAAAAUGUGGCUUAGCCAAGAGAUGGCGCUGUACAGGCAGAAAGGAAAGCAGUGGCGACUCGGACUGUUUAUGAGCGAGCAAUGGACUCUGUCUCUGAUGGAGUGCACUUUACAUGAACCCCCCCCACCCGACUCCUUCACACCCGACCGAUGAGCACAGGCUGAACACAGGAGGGUAAGACUGAUACGCCAAAAUAAACUAGGUUUUAUUCAGAUAUGAAUGAGCAUUACUAUGGUCUGCUUUUUUUUUAAAUAUUCUGUUUUAAAACCAAUUAAUUGAAAUAAUCAAGGAGAUAAACAUAGAAGCAAUGCCUCUCUUCAAAAAUUUCUAAAGAAAGAUACAUAAAUAAAUGAAAACAUCAUUUAAAAAUAAACUUUUUUUUUGGUUAAAGCACAUAAUAAUAUUUUGAUUAUUCUUUUUAAUAUACUUGGACCAGUUUUAGUUUCUAAAUAUGUGGUAGUAAGAAUAUCACAGAUUGAAUGCCAGCAUAUAAUAGGAAUUAAACAUAAUUGGUAAAACUUUAUU